GGCGUGGCUUAGCGAAGGGUGAAUUGUGAGGAGACAGAAGAAGGAUGCUUUGUGUGAAGGGAUGGCAGAGCCAAGCGGCGUUCGUCGCGGGAGCACAGUGGCCCAGAAGGAACAUAGGCUUGGAUUAUGGAGUUCAGGUAGAUGGUGCAGAGCCAGGAGUCACUCUGUAUGCAGCAUCAGGGACUUGUAUUAGAUUCUGAAGGCCCCGGGGAGCCAGUGGAGGUCACUGAGUAAUAGAGUGACAUGAGUCCUUUUGUGCUGAUCAGAAACCAGACGUGCUGCUGAGCUGCUGAACCAUUUGUAAGGGUUUCACCACACAAGCUGGAAGAGCUGCUGGCUGGAAUGACCAAGAGUAGAGUAGACAUAGAGUUGCAUAUCAUCUGCGUAGCAAUGGUAAGAGAAGCUGUGCGAGCGAAUCAUCGGCCCCAGAGAGGUGGUGUAAACAGAGAAGAGAAGGGGCCCUAGCACUGAGCCUUGGGGCCCCCUGUGGAGAGGCAGUGAGAGGAGGACACAGUCCUUGCCAUGACUGUGUCAAAGGCAAGAACCGAGGACUCACAUUGGCCAAUGAAGACCCCAAACAGCAGACACGUCAGUCAGACGAUCCAACAAGUUUCAUUCAGACUCCCUCUCGAUUGGUUUGUAUCUGCCCGGAUCUUCUUCUUGUUCAACGCUCCCAACUCGUCACUUUUGGACGCUUGGUCAGACCCCUUGGCGUUGCUUUUUAACGCCCUGGGUGCCUUUAGUGUUGUUUUUUCAACGUGUGUUGCUCCACGGGAAAGUUAGCAACAUUAAAUAUGCAACAUCUGGUUAGACUUUCAGAAUAAAAGUGUUUGUAAAAGUUUAUGUAAACAUUUUGUUGACGUGGUUAGCGUUGCGAAACGUCGCAAUUUGGUUUGGGUUUAGGAAAAGAUCAUGGUUUGCCUUAAAAUAACUAGCUAACGUAUGUCAGUUAACUUACAAAAGUUAAAGUUAAGUGACAUUUCUUUCGUAACUUAUGACACUUUUUGUUUCAAAUGAGAAACGAACUCCGGCCUCCUGGAGUUUUCUGUUAAAUACCCUGCACCUACCUUCAAUGAAAUAUUCUGAUUUCUAAUCAGCUGUAAAGGGGCGGGAACAGGAAGAGGACGCACCUGGCGGGCAGGUUUCAGACUGAAACAUCUGUAGCAGCGACGCCUUCAGACUCAGAGACCUGUGAACUGUCACUGUGUCUUCUGUUCCUGCAGGAGAUGAAGGUCAGAGACUCGGUCCACCGUCGAGACGAGAAAGGUCACACCGUCAUCAUCAUCAUCUUCAUUGUCGAGGUCGUGCGCUCCAACAAACAGGAAAUCAGCUGCUGUCGGUUUGAGUUUUACAGCGUCGGAGAAAAGAAACAGAUUUUAUCCUCUAAAUAUCAGAUUCAUGAUGAUGCUGAUGGAGCACAGUCAGUGAAAUGAUGAUGAGGAUGAUGAUGAGGAUGAAGGUGAGGACGAUGAACAAACUGAGGAACGUGAUCUUUGCCCUGAUGAUAAAAUAAAUUAAAUAAAUAACCAUCUAACAGCUGCAUCAUUUAUGAGUCAUCAUCAUCAUCAUCAUCAGUCCCAUUCACACUGAGGCGUCUGAGCGCGUGCAGAGCCCCUCCCCCUCCCUGAUACUCACACUGAUAUAUAAAGUAGAACCAGCUCGAGCGUUUCUAUUUGACCGAAGAGACGCAGCGAGACAGAUCCCAGCUGAGGUGGAUGAAGACAGAGAGACAGGAAACAGACGACGAUCAGGUGAGAGAACUACUUUUACAUUUCAAUUUAAUAAAGCAGAAUUACCCAAAUAAAACUUUAUUAAUCCCAGGCAGGUAUGAACGUCGCAUCAAAGAUUUAAAUACAUGUUUAUUCUUAUAUAAGAAAGCAUGAAGUGAAAAUUAGUGUGAAGCAAUAACUACAUUUAAAAUGUUACCAACAGUGAUGUGUUCAUAACCAUUUGUAUACAUCAAAUAUAUUCAUAGAUAGAAAUAUGUCCUAACAUCCUGAUGUUAGAUUAGAUUGCCGGAGGAAUUUUGUUUUCAGUAUGUUUAAGGUGACGUGGUUACAUGUGAUGUGGCCCUGCGUAUGUAUACAACAGCAGAUAUUUACUGGAACAUGAAUAAUAUUUAGCCAGUAAAAUAUCUGUUGUUAUUAUAAUUAUCACUGUAAACAUUACAUAAUAAACUCUUCAUAGGAGGAGAAAGGACACAUAUGAACAGGUAUGGAGGACUUUUAGUGCCUAAAUAAAAACAAGUGAGACGCGCUUGUUAUAUUUCGAGGGGCGGCUCAUUAAUUCAACUCUAACUUUUCUUUUUUGCUGAUCUGAGACCAGCGAGCGAUCUGAGUCCUUGUGAUCACGUGUCUUUAAGAGUCUCUGAGAUGAAGCUCUCUGGGUUUACAAUCCUGUGUUUCCUCCUUCAGACUGCAGCUGAGAUGAAGCUGAACGUGCUGUUGUGGGUAGUGGCUCUGCUCGCCGCCCUCCUCCCCCGCUCUGCCGACUGUCGACCCGCCGACGCUCCCGCCAGCCGCCGCCUGCUCCUCCCCCGACCGCUGCUCCUCCGCCUGGGAGAGGAGUUCUCCCUGCGGCUGGGUGGAGGAGGAGCUCCAGACCUCCUCUCCUCAUCUUCCUCCUCCUCGGCGGUGAACCGGGCUCUGCUGCAGCUCACACAGCGCCUCCUGCAGGCCCGGGCGGAGCAGCAGCAGCAGCAGCAGGAGGAGGAGGAAGAGGAGGCCGGGGAGAAGGGGAAGAGGUCCGACGAGCCUCCCAUCUCUCUGGACCUGACCUUCCACCUGCUCAGGGAGGUUCUGGAGAUGGCCCGGGCCGAGCAGAUCGCCCAGCAGGCCGACAGCAACCGCAAGAUGAUGGACACCUUCGGAAAAUGACGCUCAAACUUUUCGCUUCCUGUCGAGUGUUUUUAUCAUUUCAACAUCCAGAGUCAGACCCACGUCUGAGCUUCAGAUCUUCAGCUGUCGCUUCAACAUCUCUCAGCGUCUCCAUCCAACCUGCCAACAGGCUUUAACCUGGACUCUUCAGCUGCGUUCUGUGCAAAUAACCAGGGCUGUGACGAGACCCCCAAACCCACCAGACCAGAUUUUAACACUACUGUCACGAAAUCUUUAGGCUGAUUUGUAUAAAAACUUUGAGCAUUAAACACUUUGAUUCCUGCACCAGUUUAUGGUGAAACUGUUUUUAUUUAUGGAAAGAGAAACACAAAAUUCAGGUGAGGAUUCAAACUCUAAAACCGAACUGCAGCAGAAUCUGGUUCUCCUGCAGAUCAGCUCCUGGGUCCUGGUUCAGUCUUCCCUCCU